ACGGUGGCCGCGCGGCCGCGGGACUUGUGGCUGCGGCGCCGAGGUCCGAACGUCUGCGUGCGGCUACUUUUGUGGAGGCUGUUGCUAGAGCUGGAGCGCUUCCCGGGUUGGUGGCUCCUGCACAUUUGUACAGUUCUCCAGUCCUUCUCUUUCGGAGUAACUAAUGGAGUGGAUUUGGGAAAGAUCUUAAUCAUAUUUACCUGUUACCAAAUUGUUGAUUAUGAUGAUGACUUUGCACAGCCUGUGAACAUGGAAUAUGCAAUGCUGCACAGGUCCAGGUUGUUGGCUGCAAGUCAGGUGUGAGGAAUACCGUUUGAGGAAGAUGCCCAGCAUAUGCAGAUAUUGGAAGUUUGCAGUAUUUUCAUCCACUGCACAAUGUGACCCAGUCAGUUCUACAGAAGAAUGCAAUCAAGUAAUGGCUUUUUCUUAGAAUUUGAAUAUGGAGGCCACAGGAACAGAUGAAGUUGACAAGCUAAAAACUAAAUUUAUAUCAGCUUGGAACAACAUGAAAUAUAGUUGGGUUUUGAAAACAAAGACAUAUUUUAGUAGAAAUUCCCCAGUAUUAUUGCUUGGAAAAUGUUACCAUUUUAAAUAUGAAGAUGAAAAUAAAAUGUUACCUGCAAGAUCAGCACGUACAAUAGAAGAUCACGUAAUUGCGGGAAACGUAGAAGAAUUUCGGAAAGAUUUCAUUUCUAGAAUAUGGCUGACCUACAGGGAAGAAUUUCCUCAAAUAGAAGGCUCAGCUUUGACAACAGAUUGUGGUUGGGGAUGUACAUUGAGAACUGGCCAGAUGCUGUUGGCCCAAGGACUCAUACUACACUUUCUUGGUAGAGCUUGGACCUGGCCUGAUGCAUUGAACAUUGAAAAUUCAGAUUCUGAAUCAUGGACUUCCCACACUGUUAAAAAAUUUACAUCAUCAUUUGAAGCAUCCCUUUCAGGGGACAGAGAACUCAAAACUCCAACAAUUUCUCUGAAGGAAGCAAUUGGGAAAUAUUCUAACGAUCAGGAGAUGCAAAAUGAAAUUUGUCACAGGAAAAUUAUCUCUUGGUUUGGUGAUUCCCCAUUGGCUCUCUUUGGCUUACAUCAGUUAAUAGAAUAUGGGAAGAAGUCUGGGAAAAAAGCUGGAGAUUGGUAUGGACCAGCUGUUGUUGCUCACAUUUUAAGAAAAGCAGUCGAAGAAGCAAGACACCCUGAUUUACAAGGAAUAACUAUUUAUGUUGCACAAGAUUGUACAGUUUACAAUUCUGAUGUAAUUGAUAAACAGAGUGCUUCCAUGACCUCUGGUAAUGCAGAUGACAAAGCAGUUAUUAUUUUAGUUCCCGUUAGACUUGGUGGAGAAAGAACGAACACCGACUACCUAGAGUUUGUGAAGGGCGUUUUAAGCCUUGAAUAUUGUGUGGGUAUUAUUGGCGGCAAACCUAAGCAGUCCUAUUACUUUGCUGGAUUUCAAGAUGACAGUUUGAUUUACAUGGAUCCUCAUUACUGCCAAUCUUUUGUAGAUGUCAGCAUAAAGGAUUUUCCUCUUGAGACAUUCCACUGCCCUUCUCCCAAAAAGAUGUCGUUUCGAAAAAUGGAUCCAAGCUGUACAAUAGGAUUUUACUGUCGAAAUGUUCAGGACUUUGAACGAGCUUCUGAAGAAAUCACUAAGAUGCUGAAAAUUUCUUCUAAGGAGAAAUAUCCCUUAUUUACUUUUGUAAAAGGUCAUUCCAGAGACUAUGACAUUACGUCUGCUACAACCAAUGAAGAAGAUCUUUUCUCAGAGGAUGAGAAGAAAAGAUUAAAAAGAUUCAGCACAGAAGAGUUUGUCCUCCUAUAAGGAUGAGCACAUUUGUGCCCUUUGAGAAGAACUCUGAAAGGGGAAAAUGAAAAGGAACAAGUUCAUUUGAAAGUUUUGUUUUCACAGAUAUCUUAAUUUUAUAUGUUCUUUUAAAAAGAAACAUUUGAAAAUAUAUAAAUUUAAAGAUAUUUUUCUGAAUGAGAAAUGAUUUAAUGAAUAUUGCUUUCUAAUAAAUAUUAAGCAAUUCUGGUUGCAUUCCUAUUUCUGAAAGAUCUCUAAUGAAACACUACUUUCACUGUAAGCCUUUUAUUCUUCAGUCUUCCAUCUGAGCCCAUUGUUCUCCUGGAGGUUCUGUGACAUAGACCCCCUCACAGACUGGAUACACUAGAUAGCUUCAAAAGCCUCAGUUUGUAUUAAUAACCAGAAGACCAGAGAAUGAAUCUUUAGUGCUGCCUAAGCCUCCUGCUAUUAAUGUAACCAGAGGCUACUUUGGAAUAUAUUAAUAAUUAGAUAGUAUUUGCUAACUGUGUUGUACAUAUAAUUGUAUAAUAAGCAGAAGUUUGAGUUAAGGUAAGCAAAAUUUUAUAAUGAUUACUUGUUUAUGCUUGCUUUUGAGUCUUUUAUGAAGAGUAAGUAUAAACUUGGUUUUUCCCAUGAAUUUAAAGGUUAUGUUAUUAAUGGUAACUGCAUCCAUUCAAAUCAGAUAAAGGAAAUUAUAAAAUAGCAAUAGUGUUUGCUUCCUAUCUCAAGAAAGAAAUUUUAUGAGAAUUCAACUUAAUAUGCAGUUUUUAAAUCUAAAGAUAAGUACCAAAAAGACAUCAGUAGAUCUUCUGAUUUUGCUAUUUGUGUACAGCAGUAUAUUAGUGUUUAGAAGCCAAGACCAUUUUCAAGGUAAAUCUGCCUUAAGUGCAUUAUAUGUUGCUUAGAGGUAAAUUUGUGAUAUAAACUAAGACUUAUUAUUGAGCCAGGAUUCUAAACUAAAUAAUAAAGAUAAGAGAACAUAAAAUGCCUUUGUUUUGGUUUUAAUGUUGGGAUCAUUUUAAUCCUUUCAUUUGAAAAAUCAUUAUCUCGUGUGAAUUUUAUUU